UCGCUCUUUCUGCGCGUCACCGAAGGAAUCAUGGCGGCGCACAUGACCAGAGCUGUGAGACGACUUGUUCCACAGGAGAGCGGUUGGCUCCUGCCCGCAGCCUGGCAGUUGUGUACCGAAGCAUGGCGUCAUCACCAUCACUCUGCAGGCCCCUCGCUGCGCUACAUACCCCGCAGGGCGGUUCUCUACUGCCCUGGCAAUGAUGAGCGAAAAUUGAGGAAACUAGCCUCGCUGGAUGUCGACUGCGCCGUCUUGGACUGCGAGGACGGUGUAGCCCUCAGCAAAAAGACAGAGGCCAGGGAGACCAUUCCCAGGAUGUUAGCAGAACUGGAUCUGGGACAGAGAACAGAGAAGUGUGUGAGAGUGAACUCGGUGUCCAGUGGCUUAGCUGAGGCUGACCUACAGGUCAUCCUGCAGGCUGAGGUUCUCCCUCCUGCCAUCAUGUUGCCCAAAGUAGAGGACAUGCAGGAGGUGCAGUGGUUUGUUGACAGGUUUCAGCACAACUUGAAAGGACGGGCACUGACAGAACCCAUUCGCCUGGUCACCUUUGUGGAAACCGCUGUGGGCCUGCUCAAUUUUAAGGCGGUGUGUGAGGAAAUCCGUCGACUUGCUCCCAAAGCUGGUCUCCACCAUGACGGUGUGGUGUUUGGCUCAGAUGACUUCUGUGCAAGCAUAGGUGCCACGCGGACGAAAGAUGCCAGGGAGCUCCUUUACGCGAGGCAGAAGGUGGUUGUGACCACCAAAGCGUUUGGGCUGCAGGCCAUCGACCUCGUCUACAUUGACUACAAAGAUGUGGAGGGGCUGAGGCGACAGGCCAGAGAGGGUGCUCUCAUGGGCUUCACAG